AUGGCAUAUGACCGAUAUGUUGCCAUAUGUGACCCACUGCAUUAUGGGACAGUAGUGAAUAAGGAAACCUGCAUCCAAAUGGCAGCUAUCACAUGGAUCAGUGGUCUCCUCUAUGCAACAUUACACACUGGAGCCACCUUUGCAGUUCCCUUCUGCUCCAACCCAAUCAAUCAGUUCUUAUGUGUAAUACCUCAACUACUCAAGCUCUCCUGUUCUGACUUGUACCUUAUUGAAGUUGUGGCUAUUAGCUUUAGUGCAUGUUUUGGAUUGGGCUGUUUCAGUUUCAUAGUUGUGUCCUAUGUGGAGAUCUUCAAAACAGUGCUCAGAAUCCCCUCUGCACAGGGUAGAGACAAAGUCUUCUCUACUUGCAUCCCUCAUCUCACAGUUGUCUCCUUGUUUCUUUUCACUGGCGUCUUUGCCAACUUAAAGCCAACUUCCAACUCCAGGGCAGACUUGGACAGUGCUGUUGCCAUGGCUUACUGUGUUCUCCCCCCACUGAUGAAUCCAAUAAUUUAUAGCAUGAGGAAUAAGGAGAUCAAAGCAGUGCUGUAG